UUUUCACAUAAUCAUAACAUUAAGGAUGGAUCCGGAAUUAUUGAAAAAUAAAUUUCGCGGUACGAUACUAGGAGUUUUGGUCGGCGAUUGUCUUGGAAGUCCAUACGAAGGCUUAAAGACAAUUUCAGCUCAGAAAAAAAGCAAUUUGCAACAACGGUUAAAUCAAUUGUGGGAUGUGAAGUUUAGAGAGCCUGUUAUGGAGUACACAGAUGAUUCGGCAAUGACAUGCGCCUUAGCUGAAUCAUUGAUUGAGAAACAAGAGCUGGAUAUUGUUGAUGUAGCUAAGCAAUUCGCAAAAAGUUAUCAUGAAAGACCUGAUCGUGGUUAUGGAGCUGGUACUGUAAUUGUACUUAAAGAAUGGAAGAAAUGUGUCGAGGAAACAAAUGUAAAAAUCCCAGCAAAAAAUUUAUUUGACGGUCUAGGCUCUUACGGCAACGGCGGUGCAAUGCGAAUUGCACCUAUUGCAUUAUUUUCAUACAACAAUUAUGACAAACUUUUACAUUAUGUAAAAGAAGUAACUGAAAUUACACAUGCACACAAAUUAGGGAUAAAUGGCGCUAUUUUACAAGUAAUUGCUAUAGCAAUUCAACAAAGUUUACAUUUAAAUCCCAGUGAAGAAUUGAACAUUUCCAAUUUUGUUGACGAUCUCAUAAAUAAAAUGGACAAAAUUGAAGGAGAUACAAGCGAACUAUAUAAAGAACGACUAAACAUAGUAAAGAAUCUACUUUCUGAGGAUGGAGAUGAUCUUAACGCUAUUAUAUCUCCUAAUGAACAACGGGUAGCUGAAGAACUGGGUGUUAAUGUCAGAGCUUUAGAAUCAGUUCCUACUGCGAUUUUCUGCUUUCUGAAAGCACAGAGACGCAUAAAAAAGAUACGAACUGAUAAUCCUCUCAGAAGAGUAAUUCAAUAUGCCAUUUCUUUAGGGGGCGAUACGGACACGAUUGCUAGUAUGGCCGGUGCAAUAGCAGGUGCUUUCUAUGGCUACGAAAAGUUCAGCUUACUGCUCUUAUCGCAUUGUGAAGAAUGGGAACGAUUUCAAGAAAUAGCCGAUAAAUUGCUGGAUAUAGCAACAUCCAAUGAGAUAAAUAAACAAAUAAUGUAUAUUUAAAAAGUGUGUAUAAAUAUUAUAUGAAAAA